AUUCUCUGGCCCGCGUCUUUCCUCCCCUACCCGCCGCCGCCGCCGCCGCCGCCGCCGCCAUGGCCGCCGGGACGAAGACCGUCGACUACGCCGCGGAAAGAGCGCUCGCGAAGGACUUCCUCACCAACUUCGCUGGCCCGCACGGCGAGCCCAAGUACCAGAACAUCCUGCAAGACAUCGCGAACAGGAAGAUCCGCGCCGUGCAGAUCGAGCUGGACGACCUGUUCCAUUACAAGGAUGUGGACGAGGAGUUCUUGCAGAGGGUCACUGAGAACACCAAGCGCUACAUCGGCAUAUUCGCGGAGGCCGUGGACGAGCUCAUGCCGGAGCCCACGGAGGCGUUCGCUGUCGACGAGGACAGGGAUAUCUUGAUGACGCAGCGCGUGGAUGAAGGGGCUGACGGAGGCGCUGACGGCAAUGACCCUCUGCAGAGGAUGCCGCCGGAAAUCAAGCGGUUCUUCGAGGUAUACAUCAAGGCGUUCUCGAAGGUGACUCCGCUCACCCUUAGGCAAGUCAAGGCAUCCCACAUUGGGCAGCUUGUGAAAAUAUCUGGAAUUGUCACUCGCUGCUCGGAUGUGAAGCCCUUGAUGCAGGUGGCGGUUUAUACAUGUGAAGAAUGCGGUUUUGAGAUAUACCAGGAAGUGACUGCUAGAGUCUUUAUGCCUCUCUUUGAAUGCCCAUCUCAACGAUGCAAGCUGAACAAAGCAAAGGGGAAUUUAAUCCUUCAACUGCGAGCAUCAAAGUUUCUUAAAUUUCAGGAGGUGAAGCUCCAAGAACUAGCAGAGCAUGUACCAAAGGGCCACAUCCCACGUUCUCUGACUGCUCAUCUCAGAGGAGAGCUGACAAGAAAGGUGGCACCUGGAGACGUUGUUGAGAUGUCUGGUGUUUUCCUCCCCAUGCCUUACUUUGGAUUCCGGGCCAUGCGAGCAGGAUUGGUUGCUGAUACAUAUUUGGAAGCAAUGUCUAUUACCCACUUCAAGAAGAAAUAUGAAGAGUAUGAACUUAAGGGUGAUGAGCAGGAACAAAUUGACCGGUUGGCUGAGGAUGGUGAUAUCUACAAUAAGCUAUCAAAAUCAUUGGCACCUGAAAUAUUUGGGCAUGAAGACGUGAAAAAGGCACUGUUGUUGCUACUUGUUGGUGCACCUCAUCGUAAGCUUGGAGAUGGCAUGAAGAUCAGAGGAGAUCUGCACAUAUGCCUGAUGGGGGAUCCUGGUGUUGCAAAGAGUCAACUUCUAAAGCAUAUUAUCAAUGUUGCUCCAAGAGGAGUGUAUACCACAGGGCGUGGGAGCAGUGGUGUUGGUCUUACUGCUGCUGUCCAGAAAGAUCCAGUUACAAAUGAGUUUGUCCUUGAGGGAGGGGCACUGGUACUGGCGGAUAUGGGUAUCUGCGCAAUAGAUGAGUUUGACAAGAUGGAAGAGUCUGACAGGACAGCAAUUCAUGAGGUGAUGGAGCAGCAAACAGUUAGCAUUGCCAAGGCUGGCAUCACCACCUCUCUUAAUGCAAGAACUGCAGUUCUUGCUGCUGCUAAUCCAGCAUGGGGAAGGUAUGAUAUGAGGAGGACCCCAGCUGAGAACAUAAAUCUUCCUCCAGCACUUCUCUCCCGUUUCGAUCUCCUUUGGUUGAUCCUGGAUCGUGCGGACAUGGAAAAUGAUCUUGAAAUGGCCAGACAUGUUGUUCAUGUACACCAAAAUCUUGAAUCGCCAGCACUUGGGUUCACAGCACUUGAACCAUCUGUUCUUAGGGCGUACAUAUCUGCUGCAAGAAGAGUCACUCCUUCUGUUCCUCGAGACCUUGAGGAAUACAUUGCAACUGCCUAUUCAAGCAUCCGCCAAGAGGAAGCCAAAUCAAAUGCACCUCAUUCUUACACAACCAUCAGGACACUUCUGAGCAUAGUUCGCAUUUCGAUUGCCUUGGCAAGGCUUCGAUUUUCAGAAACUGUUGCCCAGAGCGAUGUCGAUGAGGCACUACGCUUGAUGCAGAUGUCAAAGUACUCGCUUUACUCCGAUGAUCGUCAGCGGUCUGGCCUGGAUGCAAUCUCUGACAUAUACUCCAUCCUGAGAGAUGAAGCAGCAAGGACUAGCAGCAUGGAUGUGAAAUAUGGUCAUGCUCUUAACCUGAUCUCCAGAAAGGGAUACAGUGAGGCUCAGCUGAAGGAAUGCCUGGAGGAGUAUGCAUCCUUGAACGUGUGGCAGAUCCACCCAAGCACCUUCGACAUCCACUUCAUCGAUGCCUGAUGCCAUUGUUUGGGAUCUAACAAGAUCGAAAGACUCUAGUGAUAGCGAGAAAUGUACUAGUCUAGCAGAGCCGUUGCUAUUUGUUCCUGUGAACCAUGCAGGAGCCUUUGUCCCUUUUCAGCAAUCUCACUGGUUGACACCCGAGUGUGGUAUAUGUAACUCUGUUAUGUUUGUUUACCCAUUAGUUGUAUGCUUUCCGACAAUGAUGAAUUUGUGCUGUUCUAUUGGUGUUGAAAGACUAUUUAAGCCUAUUCUCAUGGAAUUGUUUGGAAGAUGAAA